AUGCUUUUCUCGCUGAGGCCGUCAAACUCCAAACGUAAACCUGCCGCCGUCGUCUGGACCCGGCGGCGCCGUCUGGACCCAGCGGCGUCGUCUGGACCCGGCGGCGCCUGUCUGGACCCGGCGGCGUUGUCUGGACCCAGCGGCGCCUGUCUGGACCCGGCGGCGUCGUCUGGACCCGGCGGCGCCAUCUGGACCCGGCGGCGUCGUCUGGACCCGGCGGCGUCGUCUGGACCCGGCGGCGCCUGUCUGGACCCAGCGGCGCCGGUCCAGACCUGGCGGCGGUGGCGGGACUCUGUCCUGCACGAGCUGUUGGAGGUGGUGAAGGAUCUGAAUUAUCCUGAGCCUCCAAGCCGCCGGCCUGCUGCCAACAGCUGCUGCUCAGAGGGGAGAAAACGGCCUACCGCCGUGUUGCUGCAGCCGCCGUGUUGCUGCAGCAUCAUGGCAGCAGCUCUCAGGUUCCUGCCGCUUUCUCGCCUCUGGUUGAUCACCUGCGUUUCUGCAGCUUCGCUCCUCAUCCUCUUCAGCCCAGAUUUCAGAAGCAGGAUGCAAGACGAGCGACUGAAGAGAGACUUCAGUCAUUUAUCAGAAAUCCCAGCAGAGAGCGCCAUCGACGCCACCGCCAUCGACCUCACGCCGCUGGUCAACACCUUGAUCAAUUCCAGCCACUCUGGAUCUCUGCAGCUCUUCUCUCUGCUCAGCGUUUCGUCCUUCAGCCCUCUGGACCUGCACAGACUCACCCUGCUGGUUUACAACAUUUCCGGUAUAAAGAGCUUAGACAGCGGUCUGUUCAGGAGGCGGUUCUGCUACUGCGUCACCAACGACACAAACGACCUGACCGAUUUCACCGCCAUCCUUCUGGACGUGAUGGGAAACUCAACCAGUCACCUGCAGGAGCUGUUCAAGUCUUCCUCCAUCCUGUCAGUCAGCCAGAGGAACAACUCCGACUGCAUCUACAUCUGUGUGAUGGCCGGAAGACGGGUUGGCAGAGAGGGAACCGGGUUCUGGGCCGACGGCUCCGUCACGCUGCUGUUCAACCAGACCAUCGUCGAAGGACCGAACAGAGGCCUCCAGGCUUCACUGCAGGACGUCCAUCAACUGAGACGCCGAACAUCCGCACGGGCCAAAGCGUUUCAACUCCUCGAUCAGAACAUCAACUGGAACCGUGAGACAACCGCCAGCGGCGCUGUUUCAGCUCCUCCUGCGCUCACAACCCGACCUUCUGCCGCCGCAACUGCAGCUGCAACCGAAACUGCAACCGAAACUGCAGCUGCAACCGAAACCAAAACUGCAACUACAACCACAACCGAAACUGCAGCUGCAACCGAAACUGCUGUCGCAACCGCAAGUGCAACCAAAACUGCAACCGAAGCUGCAACUGCAACCAAAACCGAAGCUGCAACUGCAACCAAAACUGCAACCGAAGCUGCAACUGCAACCAAAACCGCAACCAAAACUGCAGCUGCAACCAAAACCAAAACUGCAACUACAACCACAACCGAAACUGCAGCCACAAACGAAACUGCAACCGAAGCUGCAACUGCAACCAAAACCGCAACCAAAACUGCAGCUGCAACCAAAACCAAAACUGCAACUACAACCACAACCGAAACUGCAGCCACAAACGAAACUGCAGCCGAAACUGCAAUCGAAGCUGCAACCGAAACUGCAGCUGCAACCGCAAGUGCAACCAAAACUGCAACCGAAGCUGCAACUGCAACCAAAAUCGCAAUCAAAACUGCAGCUGCAACCAAAACCGCGACCGAAACUGCAGCCGCAACCGCAACCAAAACUGCAACCAAAACCGCAACCGCAACUGCAGCCGAAGCUGCAGCUGCAACUGAAACUGCAGCUGUCCUGAAAUCACCUGACAGUCUGGUGGAAACAAACAUUCCUCCAACAUCUCUACAAACGACCUUCAUUAGACCUUCAACCCUCCGUCCAACAGGACAACCUGCAGAGACGACGGCGAGCAGCAGAGAUACCGGACCGGACCGGCCCAGAGAAACAGAGAGACCAGGCUGUCCCUGGAGGAGGCCGGCGCCGGGCGGCGACGCGGAGACGCUCGGCGAGCUCAAGCUGCAGCCCUGCGUCCUGGAGCUCUGCCGGUUCUUCUCCCAGUGCCUCUGCGGGCCGCCGAGCCGGACGACGCGCACCAAAAGAUUCUGCGAUGACAGCUUCCUGUGGUACGAGGCCCAGACGUUCCUGGUGUGUCGCAGAGUCAAGAGACUUUCCUUCUCCAGAAAUCUGAAGCAGAGAUGCUUGUCGAAGAUGUGCAACAAACUGUGACCCGGCAGGAAGCGGCGGAAACAAAGAGCCGUUGGUCUUCCCAACAACAGCUGGAAGCUGCUGCUGAUUCAGGAAACGUUCAGUUUGAAGCUUUUAUCUGGAUAUUAAUCCUAAUCUGCCACACAUUAGAUAUAAACCUUUAUUUAAAGAGCUUGUUUUAAAACACUAGUCUUUAUCAGUUUCCCUGUUUACAGUUUGUUUUAAUCAGGUUGAUGAAUGUAAACUUUAAUCCACUUUGAAAUGUUUGUAUUCAUGUUUAAAUGGCUGUUAUGACGUCAUGAAUGAGAGAAAUGAUGAAUAAUCUCAGUCUGUUGCUGAUGAACAUCCUGCAUAAUUCAGCUGGAAAACAAACAAAGAAAAUAAACAUUU